GCAUUUCGAUUUGCACACUCUUUUCUCUUUUUAUCUUUUUGAGUUGUUUUCUUCUUAUGUGUUUUCUUUAGAGUCUUGUGUUCUUGUGGUGUUUGCUGGUAUUGGUUCAUUAUAUGAAAUUUUUAGGCACUUUUAUUUGACUUCUUGGUUUUGUGUUGAAGCAAUGAGGUCAUUGACUCAUUUUAAGUGUGGGGGAGUAAUGGCGUUGAAACAAAGGGGUAUACGUGCCGAAAAUCUUUCUAGUGCUCAGUCUGAUUCUAAUGUGUAUGCAAAUGCUGAACGUGGUCGGUACAAUAUUUUGUACAUGACUCCUGAGAAGGCAUGCCUGCUAGCUGCCAGUUUCUGGUCAAGAUUACUGGAUUCAGGAAUUUGCCUAUUAGCUGUUGACGAAGCACAUUGCAUAUCAGAGUGGGGUCACAACUUCAGGGUUGAAUAUAAGCAAUUAGAUAAACUGCGCGAUGUUCUCUUAGAUGUGCCAUUUGUUGGACUGACAGCAACUGCGACAGAAAAGGUUCGUGAUGACAUUAUAAAAUCGUUGAAGAUGAGUUCUCCGCAUGUAACCAUUGGUUCAUUCGAUCGCCAUAACCUCUUCUACAGUGUCAAAAGUUUUGAUCGGGGUAAUGCUUUUAUGAACGAGCUCGUGAAAGAAAUAUCUACAUGCGUCGACAAAGGAGGUUCAACCAUAAUAUAUUGUAUAACUGUCAAAGAUGUUGAAGAGGUUUUUAGGUCCCUCAAGGAAGCAAGAAUUGAGGCCGGAAUGUACCAUGGACAAAUGUCAAAUAAAGCCCGCGAGGACUCCCACAGAUCAUUUAUCAGAGACGACUUCUAUGUCAUGGUUGCAACUAUAGCUUUUGGCAUGGGCAUUGACAAGUCUAAUAUAAGACAUGUGAUACACUAUGGAUGCCCAAAGAGCUUGCAAUCAUAUUAUCAGGAAAGUGGACGUUGUGGCAGAGACGGGAUUCCUUCAUUCUGCCAGCUAUAUUACACGAGAAGUGACUUUGCAAAGGCUGACUUCUACUGUGCAGAAGCACAAACACCGGAGCAAAGAAAAGCAAUAAUGGAGUCAUUUAUGGCUGCACAAAGGUAUUGUAUGCUGACAACUUGCAGAAGAAAGUUUCUGCUGGAAUACUUUGGAGAGAACUACUCAUCUGAUAGCUGCGGAACAUGUGAUAAUUGCACCAACUCAAAGAAAGAGAGUGACUUGUCCAGAGAGGCUUUCCUUCUAAUGGCUUGUAUUCAAUCUUGUGGGGGGCACUGGGGUCUCAAUUUGCCUGUAGAUGUUCUUCGUGGAUCUAGAUCCAAGAAAAUUGUUGAUGCUAAUUUGGAUAAACUUCCAUUUCACGGACUUGGUAAAGAUAUGCCAGCUAAUUGGUGGAAGGCACUAGCUUAUCAACUAAUUUCACAAGAUUAUCUGACAGAGACCUUCAAAGAUAUAUACAAAACUGUAAGAGUUGGUCCAAAAGGGAUGAAAUUUUUGAAUUCCUGUAGUCCUGAUUAUCAGCCUCCUUUAUAUCUGAUCCUGACUCCAGACCUGGAGAUUGACAAUACAAGCAAAGAUGCAGUUGGUUAUGGAGUUGUCAAUGGUUUGCCACAGGCUGAAUCUGAUGGAUUAUCUCAGGUUGAGGAUCAGCUUUACAAAUUGCUUGUUGAAGAGCGAAGGAAGCUUGCAAGAAACCAUGGAACUGCUCCUUAUGCAUUAUGUGGUGAUCAAACCUUGAGAAGAAUAACAUCACUGAGGCCCUCUACACGGGCAAGGCUGGCUAAUGUUGAUGGCGUAAAUCAG